UUGGCCUUUUGGAAAAUUUCCAUCGAAGAAAAAAUAUGAUUGGCGCCCAUUUUUCAAAUGAUGGUGAUGCUCCUCUCGAUGACUAUCGUUUACGGGCCGAGAUUGAAGAAACUGAGUUGGAACUGAGAAAGCGGUUUCUAGAGCUGUGUCAGAUUUUAGGUGGUUUGAUAUCUUCUGAAGCAGACGGUCAGUUAGAUGGCGGAAAAGACAAGACCGAAGAUGAUAAGGAAUGCGUACCUAUGGAAGAACAGUUAUGGGAACCUGAAGAUUAUGAAAUUCCACCUCACUGUAUACCUGUUCGUUGUGAUGUACGUGAAGCACCUUGGGAUCAGUUGACACAGUUAGUGGAUAACUUUGAUGCUAUCAUGAUGGACCCUCCAUGGCAGUUGGCUACAGCCAAUCCAACACGUGGAGUAGCACUUGGGUAUAAUCAGUUAUCAGAUGAAUGUAUUGCUUCGUUGCCUAUUCACAAGUUGCAAAAGAAUGGUUUCAUGUUUAUUUGGGUUAUCAAUGCCAAAUAUCGUACGGCAUUGCAUUUAUUUCAACGUUGGGGUUAUCAAUUGGUGGAUGAUAUUAGUUGGGUGAAGUAUACAGUUAAUAGAAGAUUUGCAAAAAAUCAUGGUUUCUAUUUGCAACAUGCUAAAGAAACUUGUUUGGUUGGUUUCAGAGGAGUAUUGCCUAGUAACUUUUGUGGCAAUAGGGUUGGUGACGUUAUUUGUAGUGAAAGAAGAGGACAAAGUCAAAAACCGGAUGAAAUUUAUGAAAUAAUUGAACAGAUGAUACCUAAUGGACGAUAUUUGGAAAUAUUUGCUAGGAAAAAUAACUUGCGCAACUAUUGGGUAUCGAUAGGCAAUGAAGUCGUUGGAGAAAUAUGUGAAGAGAUAAUCCAAUAAUAAAUUGCUUUGAAUUUGGAUUGAAUUG